AUGAUUAUCGAACCCAUUUACGAAGGUCCCGGAAAGGAAACCACCGAAGAGGUACAUACCCUAGAACGCCUCAAGGAGCUAUUAGAAAAGUAUUAUGCCUUCCUAGUCAAAACUUUGGAGGCCAAAGCUUUAUAUGAGAAGCGUGGGUGGGACAAAUGGCUGGUUCCGAAGCCAUACGAUGCUGCUGCGUGGACUGCGGCCAAUGGAGAUGAGCCGUGUGUGCUACCGAGCAUACGCGUGCGUUUUCCAGAAUUCUUCGACGACUAG